CUAGAGUUAGCUAGAUAGCUGAAUGCGUAGUGUGUAUGUUAUGAAUGCGAUCGAGAAGACGCAGUCUGGGAAGUGUGUGGGUCAUGUCCAGUUUAUCAGGCAUAGCAAAACACUGAAUUUGCCGUAAGCGUGGCAACCACUGAGUGAAUCUAACUAUAAACUUCCUUUUUUCGUUGUGGAAACACUCUACAUUUUUGCGUGGUAAAUGGCAAAAAAAUGAUUGAGCCGGAGCCGUUUGUCCCACCACCGGAGGCUCCCGUCUUUGAGCCUACGGAGGAGGAAUUCGCCGAUCCACUAGGCUACAUCGCUAAGAUUCGCCCCAUUGCUGAGAAGAGUGGCAUUUGUAAAAUCAGGCCUCCUUCGGACUGGCAACCCCCAUUUGCUAUUGAUGUUGACACAUUCAAGUUCACCCCUAGAAUCCAGAGGUUGAAUGAACUUGAGGCCAAGACUCGUAUCAAGCUGAACUUCCUUGAUCAGAUUGCCAAGUAUUGGGAGCUUCAGGGUUGCCGUUUAAGAAUUCCCAACUGUUAUGGCAAAUCACUAGAUCUGUACAAUUUGUAUAAGGUUGUGCACGAUGAAGGUGGAUUUGAGACAUGCGUUCGAGAAAGGAAAUGGAGCAAAGUUGCUGUAAAGAUGGGUUAUGCUUCAAAGGCAGUUGGUUCACAGUUGAUGAAGCAUUAUGAGCGUAUUUUGUGGCCAUACGACAUCUUCCAAGCAGGAGCUACUCUGGAUGCCCCAUUGGUACUUCCUGAGGGGGAUUCUAAGGAUAAGGACUAUGUUCCCCAUGGUAUCGUUUCUCGUCAGGCAGUCAAACCUGCUUCUGGAGCUGGCUACAGUAGAAGAGUCAAACGCCAAGCACCAGAAGAUCCCUUGAAUGUGGACUUCAGCAACAAUCCAGAAUUGAAGAAGCUUCAGUUAUAUGGUCCUGGUCCCAAGUUCCAGGGGCUAGGUCUUGUGGCAGGCGGUGAAAAGAAAUCAGAAAUCUUGUUCAAAGAAGAGGAGAAGCCAGCAAAGUUGGAUAUGCCAAAGGAAACGGAUACUAAAAUGAGACGAUCUUCUCCCAGAAAACAUGAGGAUAAAUCGGCUGGAACAAGCAUGACUAUGAGAGAUCGCUCCAAUGUGCUCAGUGCAAGUUUCAUUGAGAACUAUGUUUGCCGGGGUUGUGGACGUGGUGAUGCUGAAGAAAGCCUUCUCCUGUGUGAUGGCUGUGAUGACAGCUUCCAUACUUUCUGUCUCAUCCCUCCUCUCUUUGAGGUGCCUAAAGGAGAUUGGCGAUGUCCAAAAUGUCUCGUCCAGGAAUGUAAAAAGCCAACUGAAUGCUUUGGCUUUGAGACUGCUCGCAAGCAGUACACCUUGCAGUCAUUUGGAGAGAUGGCUGACCAAUUUAAGAGAGAUUACUUCACCAUGCCAGUUCAUAUGGUGCCCCCAGAGACUGUUGAGAAGGAGUUUUGGAGACUAGUGACAGCCAUUGAUGAGGAUGUGACAGUGGCCUAUGGUGCUGACAUCCACUCUCUGGAACUUGGCAGUGCCUUCCCUAACAAAAAGAGCAAGUGCAUUGGGGAGGACGACAUGGAAUAUGUCAACUCUGGUUGGAACCUCAACAACCUGCCUGUCCUAGAUGGCUCUGUUCUAAGCCACAUAAAUGCUGACAUCUCUGGCAUGAAAGUACCCUGGAUGUAUGUUGGCAUGUGUUUUUCAUCUUUCUGCUGGCAUAACGAGGACCAUUGGAGCUAUUCCAUCAACUACCUGCACUGGGGUGAGCCGAAGACUUGGUAUGGUGUGCCAGGUGCAUCAGCAGAUCACUUUGAGCGUGUCAUGAAGGAACAAGCCCCUGAACUCUUUGAUGCCCAGCCUGAUCUCUUGCAACAACUUGUAACCAUCCUAUCCCCAACCAUCCUUAUGAAGAGCAAUGUACCCCUUGUCAGGACGAAUCAGUGUGCAGGGGAGUUUGUUGUAACUUUCCCACGAGCCUACCAUGCUGGUUUCAACCAGGGAUACAACUUUGCUGAAGCUGUCAACUUCUGCCCAACUGACUGGCUUCCCAAUGGUCGCGAUUGCAUCGAGCACUACCGCAGCCUCUGCCGCUUCUGUGUCUUUUCCCAUGAGGAGUUGGUCUGUAAGAUGGCUGCUGAUCCUGAUAGUCUAGACCUUAACUUGGCAGCUGCUGUUCACAAGGAAAUGCUGAUCAUGGUGGAACAGGAGAAGAGAUUACGCAAGAAGCUACUAGAAAGGGGUACAACUGAAGCAGAACGUGAAGCCUUUGAAUUGCUUCCAGACGAUGAGCGACAGUGUGACCACUGUAAGACCACAUGCUUCCUGUCAGCUAUUACCUGCCCCUGCACACCCAACAAGUUGGUGUGUAUCCAUCAUACUGACCGACUCUGCCAGUGUCAUCCCUCCAAACAUUGCCUCAGAUAUCGAUACACACUGGAUGAACUGCCGGCCAUGUUGCAUCGACUCAAGGUCCGAGCAGAAUCCUUUGACAACUGGGCCAACAAGGUGAAGAAUGCCCUGAAUGCGUCACAAGACAACAAAUUAGAUGUUAGUCAGCUCAAGCAGAUGAUCAUUGAGGCAGAUGAGAAGCGUUUCCCUGACAACGAGCUUCUUCAGCAGUUGGUGUCAGCUGUCACAGAAGCCGAACGUUGUGCUACCAUAGCCACACAGCUUGUCAGCAAAAAACACAGAACCAGACAAAGGCAGCAUGGUGAUUCGAAGUAUGUGACCCGUUUGACACUUGAGGAACUGAAGGACUUCAUGGUACAGGUCCAGGGGCUACCCUGUGAGAUACAAGAGGCUGAACUCGUACAGGACCUGCUUAGGAAAGUGGGAAGGUUCCAGGCAGAGGCCCAGGAUGCCCUGUGUGAUACAAUUCCAGACUCUGACAAGCUUAAACGGCUGAUUGAAGUGGGUAAAGGCAUCGACAUAGAACUCCCAGAAAUACCCAAGCUCAAACAGGAGCUAUCGCAGGCUCUCUGGCUGGAUGAGGUGCGUGCUACCCUCCAGAUCCCAAAUAGUGUGACCCUUGACACCCUACGGAAACUUAUCGACUCAGGUGUCAGUCUGGUACCACAUCCUGCUGUGGAGAAGGCCAUGGCAGAGUUACAGGAGUUGCUGACAGUCAGUGAGAGAUGGGAGGAAAAGGCUAAGAUUUGUCUGCAGGCAAAACCUCGUCAUGCUAUGGCCACUUUGGAAACUAUCAUCAAUGAAGCUAGGAAUAUACCAGUCUACUUGCCCAACACUGCUGCUCUCAGUGAAGCCCUGAAGAAGGCUAAAGAAUGGACCAGAAAGAUGGAAGAGAUACAGAAUGGAGAGCACUUUCCUUACCUGGACCUGCUGGAGAGCAUGGUGGUGAGUGGUCGUCCGAUACCCAUUCGUCUGGAGCAACUGCCCCAGGUUGAGUCACAGGUGUCAGCAGCCAGAGCAUGGAGGGAGAGAACAGCCAGGACAUUCCUCAAGAAGAACUCACCAUAUUCACUGGUUGAGGUACUCUCACCAAGACGGGAUAUUGGUAUCUACCAGUCAAGCAAGGCACGCAAAAAGAAACAAAAAGAUCUGGAAAGACAAAGAGAGAUGGAGAAAGAGUAUGCAGUAGAAGUCAACACAGAUGAGACUAGAGACCCUGCAGCAUUUGUGGCAGGGUACAAAGACAAUGAGGCCCGAGAGAUUGAAUUGAUGCGUUUACUGCGAGACAAGAACCGUCGCAAGCAACAAAUGGAGGAGGAAGGCAUGGAGCAGGGCAAGUACUGUAUUUGCCGCAAGGGAGUGGGUGGCUUCAUGCUGCAGUGUGAAUUAUGCAAGGAUUGGUUCCAUAAUACUUGUGUGCCCCUGCCCAAACCAAGUACCAGCAAGAGUAAGUUUCUGACUUCAGUUGGUGGUGGAGCUUCAACAGCUGUGCAGCAGCCCCAGGUACGUGACAUGAAGUUCUUGUGCCCUAUGUGUUUGCGGUCACGCCGACCUCGUCUGGAGACCAUACUGUCCUUGCUGGUGUCCCUCCAGAAACUACCAGUAAGGCUACCUGAAGGAGAGGCCCUGCAGUGUCUGACAGAGCGUGGUAUGAGCUGGCAGGACCGUGCCCGCCAGGCCCUUGCAACUGAGGAGUUAGCAUCAGCAUUAGCCAAACUCUCUGCAGUGAGUCAGCGCAUGGUUGAACAAGCUGCCAAGGAGAAGACUGAACAGAUCAUCUCAACAGAGCUCAAGAGGGCAGCUGGUAAUCUGGAGCUGCAGGAGCACAUGCAGGGUACCUCACAGAGUGCAUUGGACAGGGAGGCUCAGCUUUCCACUGAUGUUCAUGCCUCAUCCAUUCUCCAUGGUAUGCCACCUGUACCCACUCAACCUCAACCUAAUAGCCAUACCACAGCAAGUGAUGACCCACCUUGCCCUGAUGAAAACAACACCACACCAUUAGCUAUGGACACCGAAAUCCUUCAGCCACCUCACAUGGUUGGACUUGAAGAGACCAUUCGGGACACUACAGCUGAGCAAGAAGAUGCUUACCCUCCCCCCGAUAUCUCGGAUUCUGAUAUGCCUCCUUCAGAUCAGCUUCCUGACACUGAACAUACCUACAGUGCCAUUUCUAGCUCUGAGCAUGCAUACAGUGCUGCCCCCAAGCCAAGCCUGGAGCCAAUACAGCAGCGCAAGCACUCUCGGAAGUCUCCUAUAAUUCCAAGACCUGUGGAAUCGCCUGUGCUGGAGCUGUCACCAAUGGUUAAGGCACAGCUAGAGGAUCUGAUGAUGGAAGGAGACCUUCUGGAGGUAUCACUUGAUGAGACACAGCACAUCUGGCGCAUCUUACAAGCUUGCCAACCAAUAAGAGAGGAACGUUUCAUGGAACUCUUUGUGCAGCAACUAAAAGAAGAAACCAUUAGUGAGAAACUUCUGAUGCGACCCAAGGCAUUGGACAAGGAGAAGAAGAAGCUUAAGCGAAAACGAGAGAACGAUGGGACUGGCGAGGAUGCAGAUGCCUUCCGAGCGGCCAUGCUGGAGGAGGCUCACAAGCUGGAGAAGAAAAUCAAAAAGAGAAAGAACAAGGACAAGGAAGGGCGCAGCUUGAAGAAGGAACCGCUAGGCCUGGCUGACAAGAUCAAGAAGGAAGGCAAAGAGAACAAGAUGAAGGAGGAGCACAAGAAGGCUAAGAAGAAAAAAGUUAAGGAAGAGAAGGACAAGAAUAAGAAGCUAGAGACAGAGCUAUUUGUCAAUGUGGAUGGGGAUGAUGAUGAUGAACAGUGUUCAGCCAAACACUGUCUACAGCCCACUGGAGAUGACAUCAGUUGGGUACAGUGUGACAAGUGUGAAAAGUGGUAUCAUCUACUAUGCAUAGGUAUGACACAGGAGCCAGCAGAUGAUGAAGAGUUCAUCUGUCGUCCUUGCAUCAAGAGGCAGCGUCAAUCUGUGGCAGCCAAGGCACGCCAUGCAGCCCAAAGGGCCGCUGAAGCCAGGAGAAAUAGUGCAAACACUACACCUGCGCCUUCAUCCAAAACACCAGACAUUGAAAUCAAGACAGAACCAAAUAUCCUUCCAGGCUCUUCAGAGGCUUCAGUGAAAGAGAAAGUUCCCAGCACUCAGCUUAACAAUGGAGACAUUCAGGAUUCAUCUGCUGAGAAAACAGAGACACCAACACCCAAAGAUAUUUGUUCAUCAGAGACCACAGUGUCUGAUAAAAGAAAGCAAUCAGGAAGUGGAGAGAAAAGCACUGAUGAAGUUACGGAGCCACCUGAAGACACAAAGUCAACCAGGGCCAAUGUGGAUACUUCAAGUGACCAAGUGGCCCAGGAAGUCAUGGACAGUGAACACAGUGGAGAUGCUGUUGCUAUGGACACUACAGAGGAGAUAAUCUCCGUUGUAUCUACCCCUGUGGCAAACUCUCCUGUCCCUGAAGCUGCCAGCGAGGAACCCAUGGAAGUCCAAAUUCCAGACACCAAGAAAUCAGAUUCAGCUUCAAAUGGGGACAGAAUAUUGGACACACAGGUACCAGAUGUGGAACAAAGUCCAUUGGAAGUUGACAGUGCAGUUCCACCUGAAAAGCCAUUGACAACUGCACCGUCACAGGCAAGUUCAUCAGAGGAACCCACCAUUUCACUAAAGCAGUCAGCACCUUCACCGUCUCCAUCAGCAUCUGUGCAACCCAGUACAACCUUAGAUGAGUCCAAUGUCACCCAUCAAGAAGCUACUCCACAUCUGCCUUGUGAUAAAGUACCAGCUAGUGAUGCUCAACAGGAUCCAACUGCAAACCAGGCGCAGGCCGAGUCCUCUGUAUCUCAAGAUAACAAUUCUAAACCUGCUGUUGAAAGGAUCAUGGAUGGGUCGUCAUGAUUGGAAGCCAAGCAAACAUGGCUUGAGCUUCAGUAGGUAGGACAUAGACUGUGGACUCUGCUUAAGAAUGUCCCCAUUUGGUGACAGAGAGAUGGUGGCAGACACUUCAGUGCCGUUGAUGCUGUAUGGUCAUUGCCCAUUUAAGGACACUACAGCUUUGUGCAAGUUUAGAGGCAGAAUGGUUGUGUACUUUGUGCACUGUUUGUCUGUACUGUAGCUCUCAUGAGGAGGCCAGACAACACAUCCACAGUUUCUGUGUAGAGUCCAUAAAUGAACAUCAAAGUGGCAAGGCUCCCACAUUGUUUCAAACAGUAUGUGUCAUUUAUCAUUUUGCUAUUUGAACCUCAACACCAGACACUGUCAGGGUUGUCAACAUUGUUUUGGUAGUGUUCUAAAAUGUGCAGAGGUGUAAAUAAAACAUAAUAGCACACCAUAUUUCACCAUGUCUUAAGGAAAGCUAUACCUUUUUUUCAGUUUCACUAACGAAUUCACAUUUACACAGAAAUGCUAGAUGUAGUCACAUUUUUUUAUGCAUCUGGGAUCUGCUGUUGACCUCAAAUUAACAUUGUGAUUGUGUGUACAUCAAUUACUGCAAACAUGUACAAAGUUUUGUCUUGCAGAGAGGUGUCAUUUGAAGAAAGGGUUAUGGUGUGCUUGUAUUAAGUAGAAGAGAAGCUAAGAAAUAUUGAUGUAAAGAAUUGGAAGCAUUAGUUAACAAAAAACGGUUUACAGUGCAUCACUUGUAAUUAAAAACUCACCACAGUUUCUUCCAAGAGCAGAUGCAAAGCUUUGUCAGUAAACUCUUUUUUGCAAAUAAUUAUGGGCAUUAGCAAUUUGAUUUCUGCCAUUUUUUGCACAUUUGGAGUAGAUCAUUUCAUCUGAUUGAAAAAGGAACUCCACCCACAAGUAAAAGCUUUCUAAAUAUAGAGUUUUUGAGGUAUCUCUUCUGUGCUGGUGAAAGCAUUACCCAUUUGUCUCGGUAAAAUCUUAGUGCAAUUUCGUUAUUAUAUUGAAUAGAAAUUUAUUUCUGGCUUUAUGGAUGAAUGUUGUAAUGACCACUGUCUUCUGCAUAGCACUUCAUAAUUGUCACAUGCUUAGUUAAAUAUCCACAUCCACUUUUUCAAGAAGUGUGUCAAAAGUCGUUACAUUUAUCUGUUUAAUCAUUCUGCUUGCUUGCUUUGUUGAGUGAUAUGUAUUAGCAUUUUGUUCUACCCUUUAAAAUAUAUUUCUUCUUUUUUUUUUAAUUUCUACCUCAUACUGCCUCAUACUACCCUGAGAAAGGAAAAAUCAGAACCUGCAAAGAAAUAUAGUUUUGCUUAAAUUAAAUAUGACCUUCGGAUAAUUAUUUUAUAUUAAUGAUUUCGCCUUUUGCUAGUGAUGUUUCCUUGGUGUUUGGAUACAGUGAGUUGACAAAUUAGUCAUGUGUAAUCCCUUCCCUUGUGCAGUCCAAUUGUAUUUCAUCAAGAUCAUUUUCCAUUCAAAGCAGAGCCUAGAUGUGUCAGUGAUAGAAUAUGUACACAGGCUGUUUUGAAUAAAAUGCUCUUAAUGAGUCUCUGAAACCUCAUUCCUAUUUUUCAAUAAAGACUGCGAGUGUGCUAGCCUUUGAAAACUUUGACAAGACCAGCAGACGUCUUUUGCUGAAAUCUCUGCUAAUGAUGAGGGUUCCAUAUCUUUUUACCUACCAUUCAAAGAAAUGCAUUUGAAAGGCACAUCCUUCAGAAUUCAUGACCCAGUCCGAAUUGGACUGUAUUCAAAUGGCACCCUUGCAAGUAUUUACAUUGUUUUCCCUCUUGUGAUUCGCAAGAAAGGUGCAAGAGUUCAAUUUUUUGUAUUGAAAAGUUAUAGAAAACAGAAGAAACAAUAAUAAUAGUAACUGAUUGAUUACUUCAGUUUAUUUCAAAUUGAGGAUGCGGUAAAUUUGAUUGCCUUAAUACUGACGAGAAAGAAUAAAGAUGCUUAGUUCCAUUUAUUUAGCAGCUGCCUGUUACGUAUAGUGUGUUUCCUUUUCCUGAAAAAGGACUUUAAAACGUGAAAUUUAAAAAAGAGGGAAAGAAAAUGAAAAAAAUGUUGGAGUUACAUUCUUUGAAGUACUAAAGUGUACUCUUAAUUAACAAAAUUCUUUUAAUCACAUUGUUUUGUAUCUGCCGCCUUGUUUAUUGCUCCAGCCUUUGUAAUGUACAAGUAGGUGUACUUCUGUACAUAAAUUUGGAAGCAUCUUUAGACAUUGGAAAGCAAAUUGGAGAUGUUUAUUCUGAUGUAAGCAAAGACAAGUCUGUAUGCCCUUGUAAAUACUAAACUUUUUUUUUCAUUAAUUUCUGUAGACUUUAAGGUUUAACAGGUGGUCUUUUCUUUCUUAUGGGGAAGCAGUUGUCUUCUUUGUCUUAUAUCCAAUAAAAAUGACAUUUAUUUUGUUAAAUGCAUAGAUGUACACUAAUUUACUAACAACUUCUUGACAGGAUAGCUAAUUAUGUGAAACCCAAAGAUAAGUUACAAAAAACACUGUCUUGUUCAGAUAUGAACUGUAGGUAGCAGAAAUUUGCUGGGUACUAACUACUCAGAGCAAUUUACAGUUAUUCAAUAUGUUGGUAAGAAAAACUGUGCUAUGCAUGGAUGUCUCACAAAAGUACACUAAAUAAUUUCCUGUAAAAUAGCGAAAUUAGAGUUGGUUUCGAAGUUACUUUUAUUUCCAAUUAGGAAUAGUAUUUCAUCUGAAGUAGCAAGAGUUUAGCACGUUCAUUCAAAGGGGCAUUUGAUCAUGUCCUUCAUUGCAACAAGGACAACCGCCCAAUCAAUUUUGUCAUUGAUGACUCAAUAUUUACUCAUUCAAAUAGCUGUGUGAAUCCCCAGUAAAAUUGGACUCAACAUCAUACAUGUAACAACUUCAGUGUUGCACUCCAAGCGUAUAUUCUUAUUUGUAGUUUGCAAUUUAACCUGUUAUUGUGUUUAAUUAAACAGUGCGUAGUGUAUUACUAAACUCCAAGGUUAAGUCAGAAAGUGCAGAAUCCUGUGGGCUGUUUAACAAUUCUUGAUGUUUUGCUAUUACUGUAUACAAGCAACAUUGUAAAAAAAACCUCGAAGUCAUUAACUUUUUUGUGUUUGUGUAAUUUAAAGGAUCUCUUGCAAAGGACUGAAUACUAUCCUUCAUGUUACAAUCACAUCCAAUGUUGAUUACAUUAAAACUACAUUCAGACGUGCAGUAUGAAAUAGUGUACAGUUUUAAGUAUGCUGAGAAGGUA